AUGGUUCUUCCUAUCGUUAUCGGCGUCGCCGCCACCGUCGCUGCCCUCACCGGCAAGGCGGUAGCCAAAUCCGUCGCUCGGUAUGGAAAACUCAGUCCGCAAAUGAUAGCGUCGCUCAACAAGAUCCGGUUGGAAACUCAUCUUCUGGAUGGUCCUUCGAAGGUGGAUCCAAACCUGGCCCACAUUCGGUACCUUCGCUCGCGCUUCAACAAUUCGGGGUUUCCCAAGGUCAUGACGGAGCGCGAGGCGUUAUUGGUUUUGGGCAUCGAGGCGAGCGACAUUGGCAAGCUAGAUAAGACUUUGUUGAGACAGAGAUACAGAGCGCUCAUGGUUCUGAACCAUCCCGAUCGCUCUGGCAGUGUCUACUUGUCCCAGAAAAUCAACGAGGCGAAGGAUGUGUUGGAGAAGAGCUAUUUAUUUAAAAAGUGA